AGAUAGUUUGUGUGCGGAGCAGACUCUUGUCGGAGACUGUGGUGGUGCAGCAGUGUAAUCAGGCGGGCCCAGGGCAGGGACGCACCGUGCCACACAGCGACUUGGUUGUUGAUAAGGCUCCUCGGAACACCAGUACGGGGAAACUGCGGUCCAUUGCCGUUAUUUCACACAUUCAGGUCCCCGUUCUCUGGAUUUUUUGGGACUAUUUUUUAUUACGGUUACGCACAGCCUGUGGACUUUGACAGGGGGUAAAGCUAAUUAAAUCAAGGGGACAAGUGGAUUUUAUUAGAUACUUUUUUUUAUACUUUAUAGGCUACGAGAAGCAGUAAUUCCCCCCCCCUCCCCCCCCGGCAUUUUUUGGGGGUUUUGUGCUCUGGUGGAUUUGUUUACCUAGUGCCCAGUGGUUCAUUUGUUCGGGAGCCAUGUAAUCUCAACUUUUUUUUAUCCAUUUCGCAGAAGGUUAACCCCCUAAUCUGCGAAAGACUCCACUUGUCGCCGGCGUCACGUCUGUGAAGUCUUCAGUCACUGAAAAAAAAAACUUGGAUGGCCGCUCGAGUUUAUCUGAUGGACUCUGUUCACGUGCAGACUAUAGCUCGCUGAGGACAAACGCUAUAUUCUUUUGAUAACUGGAGACACGACAGUCAGUGUGGGAGUCGAUCUAAAAGGCGCACGCAGCAGCAGCAGCAGCAGCACAGGGCGAGCCGCUGUCCCCGCGCCCAGUGCUGAGGAGAGAGACUCGCGCCUCCAUAAAUGCCCGGUCCGUCGGAGAGGCUCGAGGCUGGGCAGCGAGAUGAGCUUGUGGGUACGGCUGCUUGCGUUGCUGGUGGCGUGUCUGCGCGUGUCUGGCGCAGCCGGGGUGGACCCUCUACCUGCAGCACUGGUGGACCUGGUUAGAAGCAGCUCCAUCACCUCCAUCGAGGACCUGCAGCUGCUGCUGUUCUCCGACUCCCUGGACCAGGAGGAAGAGGGCUCCCCUGUCCCAGGAGGUCAUAGGUCACCAAGGAGCCUGAACGCCCAGCCGGCCCAGCAGGCUCUUUGCAAGGUCCGCACAGAGGUGGUGGAAGUGACCCGGGACAUGUUAGACCGCAGCAACGCCCACUUCCUGUUAUGGCCACCGUGCGUGGAGGUGCAGAGGUGUUCUGGCUGCUGCAACGGCAACACCUUGCAGUGUGUUCCCGUGCUCACACACACCAGAUACCUGCAGGUGAUGAAGAUCCAGUACAUCAACCAGAAGCCAACCUACAACAAAGCUGUGGUGUCGGUGGUGGACCACGUGGAGUGCCGGUGCCAGCCGGUGCCACGACCUCCGGCGCCCAGGAAGAAAUCCUCCAGAAGAGGGCCGGUUUCCAACAAGGACCAACACCACAACCAAACCAUAGACCAGCAACAGGGCCUGGGCAAGUCACACUCUAAGGAGGAGCUGCAUCGCCAGGACGAGAUCAAGAAGAACCAGAGGGUCCACCUGGAGAAGCUGCUGGAACAGCACUGGAGCCCCCGAGGUGACACGUUCACCCCGCCGGAGGAGGAGCAGCACUACAGCCCGGCCGGGGCCGGGGCCGACGGUGGAGCCUCGCACUCUGGGGGGGCUGUUCUUCACACGCCCCACUGGGUGCAUAACGCCAGCAGGUUGCUGGAGACCAACGACAGCACGGGAAUACAAGGGAAAGGUGCGGGGCAAUGGGGUCCGACCUCGUCUCCUUUGGAUGCGCCUGGUGCAGGCAUCGAGGGGCUGGGAGGUGCGGUGGAACCGUCCUUAUCGCUCAACAGCACAGAGGAAAGGGCCAGGACGGAUUUGGGACUACAGAAGAAUGCAGACAGGCAUCGCGAGACUCAGAGGGGAGGUGAACGAUCGACGGAUCCGAAGAGCCACGAGAAAGAUCUCGACACGCCGAACCAGCAAGUUCCCUCCAUUGCGUCCAAUCAGGACGGUGGCGGAAGUAGAUUCCGACCGACAAAGGAGCCCAACCCGGAUCCUCCUGGGAAGGGAAGGCAAGGAGGAAAUGAAACCCCAGAGCAAGAGAGGAAGUUACAAAUGGAGGAGGCACAGCUAGAGGAGGAGAGAAGGGAGCUUCUGCUCCUGCACAAGAGGCUGGACCGGGAGAAGGAGCUCAUACGGCUGCAACAACUGAAACAAGAGGAAGAGAAGGAACAGGAGAAAGAGAGCGGGCAACAGCCUCACCUUCAAUACAAACAGCAUCAUCAUCUGCAAACAACAACGCAAAACAUAGUGGCAACAUCUCCAUCCACCACACCGACCCCGGUGACCCCAGACGCUCCCCGGGCCCCUGCCCGGCCCAACCAGCGUAGGAGAAGGUUGAAGAAGAACCGCAAGAAAAUCAGCAAGGCAGCGAUGAGAGCCAUGCUCAUGUAGGACUUCCACUGACCCAAGGUCACAUGGUUCUAUCUUUUGCAUUUCAUUGGCUGUUCCGACUUCUGAGAGGAGGAGUAAACUUGUCCUCAUAUUUAUUCUCUUGUUUCUUGUUCGUUCUGUGGGUUUUCGUCUUCUAGUAACACUACUAAUGACUGUCUGAACCUUUUGUUACAAUUGGAUGGAGUACGACAGUUCAAAAGAAUCAAGUAUACGCCAAUAAUAGGUAAUCAACUUCAACUGGCCCCUGCUUGCGUUGACACGUUUGGUCGAAACGUUGUUGGACGCCAACCACGGAGAAACCACACCAAAUGAUUGGGAAAGCAAACACAUUUUUGGUUGGGAAAACAAGCAAAGAAAAAGGACUUUGAUGGAGAUGAUCCCAGUUCUUAUUAAUGAAGGCUGCCUCAAUCCGAGAAUCAUCCCUGCAACAACGAGAUGAUAAUGAAAAAGAAAAUCUGACUCUUAAGAGCACUGAUGGAUUAUAAUGAUGAUUAAUACGUAAACCAGGUGAUCUGAGGACAAUCUGUUGAGCAUUUCAAAGGGUCAACAUUUUUGAACCUUAGCUUAAAGUAAGUCAGAUAUAGUUUUUCCUGUAUUGGCCACAUACAGGCCGACUUGUGAUGUUUGACCCUCUCGUGUUUUAAACUUGCAAUACAUUACAUUUAGAUAUUGGCAUAUCGCAUAGCAGAAGGUCAAUAACUUGAAAGUGGUUACAUCUUGUUAUUACUGAGGAUGUGUGUGGAUCAGGAUAUUUUGCAAAGUACCUAAUUCACACAUAUUUCCAUCAGUCAACGGUUAAAGGUAUCAUGUGUAUUUGCAUUUACAGCCACCAAAGGAAGUUAAGCCUUUCUGCAAACUCCAACUCACAAUCAUUGUGUUACUCGACACACUAAUAUUUGCAGCCGCAUGUAUUCAUCCCAUCUCCUGUUAUAUGUUAUCAUUAGCUCAAUGAUGUUAGCAUCUCAGCCUUUUUUUAACCAGAGGGCUCGAGGACAACUUCAAUACAGGACGCUCUCUUGUUUGUCGAAAGUCUUCAAAAACUCUUACAGGGGGUUUAUUAUUUGGAAUAGGUCAUCAUUGUCGAAUGACUGUAGCACCUAUGACUCACUAUUGCGUAUAUUUCUUUCUUAAAUAUUGGUGUAUUUUUUUUACUUAUUGAGAUCUACCUAUAUAAUUUGUUUUAAACACUGGAGUCUUACAGUUGUGAUAUUAUGUGCGACAGAUUGUGGCGUGCAAGUCUUUAGAGAGAUGGAAUGGGGAAAGAGGAGGGUCUAACCGAAUAACCCGUCUUGUUGCCGUUCUUAUUUAUUGAAUCUUUCCGAUGUCUGUGUCCGAUUUCUUUACAAAUACUGCAUAUGAAAUGUGGUUUCACACACAUAUAUAUAUAUGAAAAAAUAUAUAUAUAUUAUAUAUAUAUAGUUUAUAUUUGUAAGUUCAUCAGAUCAUUUUCCAAAGGGAUCAUUAUCAUUAACAUGCCAGUGCAAGUGCAACGUAAAGCUUAAAUUUCAAUCCCGUGUCAAUUAGUAUGUAUUGUGCCAUUUUGUUUCCCACUGCAUUUAUAUGUGUGUGUGUGUGUGUGUGUGUGUGUGUGUGUGUGUGUGUGUGUGUGUGUGUGUGUGUGUGUGUGUGUGUGUGUGUGUGUGUGUGUGUGUGUGUGUGUGUGUGUGUGUGUGUGUGUGUGUGUGCGUGCGCGGAGGCAGACUGAUACAUGCACAUGGUGUACUUCAAGAGGCAUGCAACAACCCCUACAGGAGGAUUUCAAUCAUGUGAUCUGAAGUUUCACAAAAUAAAUACAAGCCUGCCAUCUUGGGACUUCAUGAGCAGCAAUUGUAGAAUAACCAAGCAACCAGUCGUUAUUAUUCAUAAUAUAAUGGUGAAAAGCACCAAGAUGGCAGCUUGGAAUGUGUGUGACAUCAUGUGGAACCCUCCUAUUGCUCACCAGCUCUCCUGACCUUUUAUCCCUUCAAAUAAAAAAGGCGGGAAACAGUAUACAGAACGGGUCCCAUAUUUAUAGGAGCAGUGCAGCUUCCCCUCCUGACUGUGGUUUGAUUUGACAACAUGGACAGAAACACUACGACGACGAGGCCACUGAGACGGGCGUGCCAAGUAAUUCUAAAACAAGACAGAGAGAGAGUGGGCAGUUCCUUUCCUGGCUCUCUCUCUUGCUCUCCAGCUCAAUCUCUCUCCCUUUGUGUUUAUUUUUUGCCCUGAAACAAUUGCGUCCCUUUUGAAUGUUUGGGAAGAGAAUAGAAAAGAGGGACAGAGAGAAGGAAAGGGAGGGAGAACGAAGGAGAGACCUUGGGAGAGUGAUCUUUUUUAACGUAAGAAAUACAAUCACGAUCAGUUGGUGCAAUUGGAGCUCCAAAAGGCACCUCAAACUGAAUUCCAUGAUAUGUUUUACCUUUUCAUAUGAUAUUGUUCGAGGAUGCGGUAUAUAAAUGAUAUUCCAUCUUAAAAAAGAAAUGAAAAAUUUGUCAUAAUUCUGUUUCUUUGUGCUGUCCUAAACCAGAUGGGCAUUUAUUAUUAAGUUAUUGAAAAAAAAACAAGGCUUGUAUGUUUCAUGCCAACUUACAACUGUUAUUGAUGAUUGUCUGAUUGAUUCUUUAAUGUGUCCAAAGGAAAGGGAUGUUUUGUGAUAAUAUUGCUAUCUAAUGCUAUUUUGAGAUAAGUAUAAAAAACAAAUGUGCUAAAUUGAA